CUUUUGCUGGGCCCGCCCCUUUCUCACCAAGGGUGGGGGCCUGUCUGGCUCGGGCAGCUCUAUAUGAGGGAAAGCGGUAGGGUCACUUACUCCCUUUCCCCCCACCGUCGUCGGAGGGAUGAAGGCAGUUCAGGGCAACACCGAGGGGGGCAGUGCUCAUCUCUGUUUCUUGGCCGAGGAAACCAGCAUUGUCCAAAGACAUUUCUGUGGUCAUGUGGCCAGUGUACACCAAAGGGCAGGGAAUGCUGUUACCUUCCCACUAUAAAUAGGUGAUCACAUGAUCCAGGGACACUGCAACCAUCAUAAAUACAUUCCAAAUGCUAAGUAUCUGAAUUUUGAUCAUGUCACUAUGAGAAUGCUGCAACGGAUGUGUAAGAAACAGUCAUAAGUACCAUAUUUUUCAAAGUAUAAGACGCACUUCCCCCCUCCCCCAAAAGGGUGGAAAUGUUGGUGCGUCUUAUACACUGAAUACACCCAAUUCUGGCCUCCCCGCUGGUCCCCUUUUUUGCAAAAAAUGGGCCCUUUUUUCACUAAAACGGAGUGCAUAGUGGGUUUGGGAGGCCUGCAGAGUACUCCUGGGGGCUGGGGAGGGCAAAAAUGCUCCUGUUUUUGUGAAAAACGUACCCGUUUUUCACCUAUUUUUUGCAAGAAUGCCCUCAUUUAAUUUAGUGGAUUUUAGGUACUUAAUUUGCACUAUGAUGUAUCAUUUUGGAAUUGAAGGUUAGAGAGUUUUAGAAUAUAGAAAAGAGAUAGAUUAUAGAGAAGCAGAGUUCUACAGCUAUGUGCAAUAAUUAGAAAUUUGCUGUUAGCAAAUUUGCUUUCUAGAAUUUGCUAGGAAUUUGAAAUACUACUUUCCAGAUGGAAAAGUAAAUAAUACCUAAAUGCAUAAAAAAUGAUGCAUAUUGAAUAAUUUUAGCUACAGUAUUGUCUGCUGAAUUUAUACAUUCAUACCUCCUCUAAAGAAUUACAUUAUUAUGAAGUCUACAGGAGAAAAAUUCUUCUGAAAACUUUACCCAUCAUUUUGAAUUUUCCUCUGUAACAUGUAGAAAACAUUCAUAAGAUAACAAGGUCUUGAUCUUCUGAAAUAUUAUAGGGCAGCGAUCACCAACCGGUGGUCCACAGAAAAAUUAUUUGCAUUUUUUAUAUUGCACUAAAAACUAUUUAUCUUUUUGAAAAAUUCAUAUUAGUGGUCCGCAGGAUUUAAAAUUAUGAAUUUAGUGGUCCCUGAGGUCCGAAAGGUUGGCGACCCCGUUAUAGGGAAUGAAUAGAUCUGUGGAAAGGAAUUUCAAAGAAUCAGAGAAACUGAAUAAGAUGAGUUCCCUUCUGGAAAGACUUCAUGUCAAGUUUAAUCCCAAUAGCAGACCUUGGACAGAAACUAUGAAGCUUGUUAGACAAGUUAUGGAAAAACGAAUUGUCAUGAAUUCUGGAGGUCACCAGAAUCUUAUUACUUGCUUAGAAACUUUGCAGAAGGCUUUAAAAGUGUCAUCUCUGCCUGCUAUGACAGAUCGCUUAGAGUCCAUUGCUAGACAAAAUGGUCUUGGAUCUCAUCUUAGUGGAAAUGGCACUGAAUGCUAUAUAACAUCUGACAUGUUCUAUGUGGAAGUACAUUUGGAUACUACAGGACAACUGCGUGAUGUCAAAGUGGCACAUCAUGGAGAAAACCCAGUGAGCUGCCCAGAGCUGGUACAGCAUCUAAGAGAGAGAAACUUCAAUGAAUUUUCUAAGCAUCUUAAGGGUCUUGUCAAUCUAUAUAAAGUGCCAGGUGACAACAAAUUGAAAACUAAAAUGUAUUUGGCUCUACAGUCCUUGGAGCUUGAUCUUUCAAAGAUGGCAGGGAUGUAUUGGCAAGCCACGAAUGCAAGCCCUUUGGACAAAAUUCUGCAUGGCAGCGUGGGCUAUCUCACCCCUAGAAGUGGUGGUCACCUGAUGAAUCUGAAGUAUUACGUUUCUCCUUAUGAUUUAUUUGAAGAAGGCACUGGAACUCCUAUCAUUCUGAAUGAGAAUAAUGUUCCUCGUUACCUAGGCAUGAAUGUAUGUGUUACAAUUGAGGGAACCUUAACUAUGAAUAAACUUCCAAUUGCCCCUCUGAUUAUGGGGACUCACCCUGUUGAUAACAAAGGGACACCCUCAUUCUCCUCAGUUACUAGUGCCAAUAGUGUUGAUUUUCCAGCUUGCUUCUUUUUGAAGUUUCCAAAACCUGUUCCUGUUUCUCAGGCUUUCAUUCAGAAACUUCAGAACUGCACUGGUAUCCCGCUGUUUGACACUCCUCCAACAUAUGUUCCAUUAUAUGAGCUCAUCACACAGUUUGAGUUAUCCAAGGAGGAGGAGGAGGAGGAUCCUUGUUCAUUGCACCACUCUAUGCGCUUCUAUGCUGCCUUGCCAGGACAACAGCACUGUUAUUUCCUCAACAAAGAUGCCCCAUUGCCAGAUGGACGAAGCCUUCAAGGAACCCUGCUUAAUAAGAUUGCUUUCCAUCAUCCUAGUCGAGUGCCUCUCAUUCUCAGUAUGAUUAGGCAUCAGGUGGCCUACAAUACACUAAUAGGCAGCUGCGUCAAGAGAACUGUUUUAAAAGAAGAUUCCCCUGGCAUCCUGCAGUUUGAAGUCUGCCCUCUUUCUGAUUCCUGCUUCAGUGUAUCUUUUCAGCACCCUGUUAAUGACUCCUUAGUUUGUGUGGUAAUGGAUGUACAAGAUUCUACCCAUGUGAACUGUAAAUUGUACAAAGGGCUUUCUGAUGCACUCAUCUGCACAGAUGAUUUCAUUGCAAAGGUUGUUCAAAGAUGCAUGUCAAUUCCUGUGACUAUGAGAGCCAUAAGGAGGAAGGCAGAAACAAUCCAAGCAGACACACCAGCUUUGUCCCUCAUUGCUGAGACAGUUGAAGACAUGGUGAAGAAGAAUCUGCCUCCUGCAAGCAGCCCAGGAUAUGGCAUGACUACUGGCAACAACCCAAUGAGUGGCACCACCACCCCAACCAGUACUUUCCCUGGUGGCCCCAUCUCUACUUUAUUCAGUAUGAGCAUGGGCAUCAAAGAAAGGCAUGAUUCAGUAGGACAUGGGGAGGACUUCAGCAAAGUGUCUCAGAACCCCAUUCUUACAAGUUUGCUACAAAUCACAGGCAACGUAGGCUCUACUAUUGGCUCUAGUCCCACGCCUCCACACCAUACACCUCCCCCUGUGUCAUCUCCUGCAAGCAACACCAAAAACCAUCCAAUGCUUAUGAAUCUUUUGAAAGACAAUGCAGCUCAAGAUUUCUCAACUCUUUAUGGAAGCAGUCCACUUGAGAGACAGAACUCUUCUUCUGGCUCUCCAAGGAUGGAAAUGGGACCAGGGGGCAAUAAGCAAAAAAAGAAAAAAUCACGUGUGUUAGUGGAUAAACCAAAGCAUCAAACUGAAGAUGAUUUUCAGAGAGAGCUGUUUUCUAUGGAUGUUGAUUCCCAGAACCCCAUAUUUGAUGUCAACAUGACCACUGACACUUUAGAUACUCCACAUAUUACUCCAGCACCCAGUCAGUGCAGCACCCCUCCAACUACCUAUCCACAAUCUAUACCUCAUGCCCAACCCAGUAUUCAGAGAAUGGUCCGGCUCUCCAGUUCAGACAGCAUUGGUGCUGAUGUUACAGAUAUUCUUUCUGACAUAGCAGAAGAAGCAUCCAAACUGCCUAAUACCAAUGAGGAUUGUCCUCCUAUUGGGACACCAAUAAGAGACUCAUCCAGUUCAGGGCAUUCACAAAGUGCCCUUUUUGAUCCAGAUGUUUUUCAGUCAAAUAAUAGUGAAAACCCAUAUACUGAUCCAGCUGAUUUGAUUGCUGAUGCUACUGUAAGCCCAAAUAGUGACUCUUCAAAUCAGUUCUUCCCAGAUGGAGUUGACUUCAACCCUGAUCUCCUGAACAGCCAGAGCCAAAGCGGUUUUGGAGAGGACUAUUUUGAUGAUAGCAGCCAGAGCGGAGACGCUGAUGACUUCAAGGGCUUUGCACCACAAACGAUAAGUACUCUGGGUGUGCAAGUACUGGGGGGAGAUGGAGGGGAGAGUAAGUUCAAGGCAAGCAGCCAAGCGGACACAGUCGACUUUAGUAUUAUCACUGCUACCAGCAAGGCUCUGGGAGCCUCUGAUGUAUUGGAGCAUCAUAGUGGAAGCCAGAGCCCCUUACUGAGUAUGGGAGAAUUGGGGAAAGAGAAAUCACAGAAGCGGGUCAAAGAGGGUAAUGGAUCUGGGAGUUCUUUAACGGGCCCUGGGCUGGAUGGCAAGGGUGGAAAACGCAAUCGCACCCCAUCCAGUGAUGGAAAGAGUAAAGAAAAGGUCCAGAAGCGGAGGAAGGUGGAGCCAGAAGGCAAAUCUCCUUCUCAUAGUACAUCCACCAGACCUUUCACCCCACCAGCAAGCACAGGUGGCUCAAAAUCUCCUGGAAGUUCAGGCAGGUCUCAGACACCCCCUGGGGUAGCUACUCCUCCCAUCCCUAAAAUCACCAUCCAGAUUCCCAAGGGAACAGUGACUGUUGGCAAACCUUCCCAUGGGCAGUACACAAGCAGUGGCUCAGUCUCUUCUUUGAGCAGCAAAAGUCAUCACAGUCAUUCCUCCUCCUCCUCUUCGUCCUCCUCGUCAUCGUCAUCCUCUUCGUCUUCCUCCUCGACGUCAGGCAAAAUAAAGAGCAGCAAGUCGGAUGGGUCUUCGGGGUCCAAGAUGAGCAGCAGCCUCUACUCAGGCCAAGGCAGCUCUGGUUCAGGUCAGUCCAAAAGCUCCACCCAAUCAGUGGGCAAGCCUGGGUCCUCCCCCAUCACAAAACACGGCCUCAGCAGCGGCUCUGGAGGUACCAAGAUCAAACCUCAAGGGAAGCCUUCAUCGCUUAUGAACCCUUCCAUGAGUAAACCAAACAUUUCUCCUUCUCAUUCUAGACCCUCGGGCGGUUCUGACAAGCUGGCCUCUCCGAUGAAACCUGUUCCAGGUACUCCCCCGUCAUCUAAAGCAAAGUCCCCUAUUAGUUCCGGUUCUGGAGGUUCACACAUUCCUGGGACAGGAUCAAGUUCAAGCAUGAAGUCAUCUUCAGGGAUGGGAUCUUCCAGUUCCAUGUCCCAGAAGCCGCCUCCUUCUUCAAAUUCUUCAAUGGGAUCUUCAUCUUCCUUUUCAUCUGGCAGCUCUUCCAUGUCUUCAUCUCAGAAUCAGCAUGGGAGUUCCAAAGGCAAGUCUCCAAGCCGAAACAAAAAGCCAUCUCUGACUGCUGUCAUUGACAAACUCAAACAUGGGGUUGUCACCAGUGGCCCCACAGGGGAAGAUUCAGUGGAUGGACAAAUGGUCCAGAAUUCCAGUUCAUCAGGCCACUCCAUGUCCUCCAAGCACAAUCUGUCAGGGAAUGAAUUUCAGGGGAAACGAGAAAGAAGUGACAAGGAGAAAUCCAAAAUCCCUGCUUCAGGAGGUUCCUCUGAAUCUUCCAAGAAAGCAUCUGAUUCAAAGAGUGUUGGAAGCACUGGAGUGGCCAAAAUCAUCAUCAGUAAACAUGAUGGCGGUUCUCCUAGUAUUAAAGCCAAAGUUACCUUACAAAAACCUGGGGAAGGAAGUGGGGAUGGCUUAAGGCCUCAGAUGUCAUCUUCCAAAAAUUAUGGAUCACCCCUGAUAAGUGGAUCAACUCCAAAGCAUGAGCGUUGUUCUCCUAGCCACAGUAAGUCACCUGCAUAUACACCCCAAAAUAUUGACAGUGAGAGUGAAUCUGGAUCAUCUAUAGCAGAAAAAUCCUAUCAGAAUAGCCCCAACUCUGAUGAUGGAGUUAGGCCUCUUCCAGAAUAUAGCUCAGAAAAGCAUAAAAAACACAAAAAGGAAAAGAAGAAACUGAAAGAUAAAGACCGUGAUAGGGAUCGUGACAAAGAGAGAGACAAAAAGAAAUCUCACAGCAUAAAGCCAGAAAGCUGGUCUAAAUCUCCUAUCUCUUCAGAACAGUCCCUGUCUAUGACAAGCAGUGCCAUCCUUACAUCAGAUAGACCAUCUAGGCCCAGCCCUGAUUUCUUGAUUGGGGAGGAAGAUGAUGAUCUCAUGGAUGUUGCCCUGAUAAGAAAUUGAGAAUAUUUGUAAAUUGUGCGUGUGUGGAAUGUUUAAUUUAUGUUCUUUAAAAAAAAACCAUUAAAAUUGUGAGCAUGGGUUCAAGUAAAUCAAACCUGAUUUGGACAGCUAAUGAAGUGUGUGUGUGUGUGUGUUUGUGUCAGAGAUACACACAGAGAGACACACAUCUAUAUUGGAAGCCUGUCUACCAAGAGCCUCUGCCACAAAAAAAAAAAAAACCUGUUUGGUUAUAAGUCUGUCACUUGUUCACAAGAUUGCAUUCCUUUAGGCAGAGGAUGAACAUUACCUGUUUUAGUAGAAAUAGAUCUUCAUUGCACCACUUUUAUAUUUCUAUUUGGUGCUUAAUUUUUUUUUUAACAUUUAGAGCUUUGUUUUUAUUAUUCAUAUUAGGUAGAGCUUUUCAUUAACAGAUUAUUGGAAGCAAUUUAGUGCCUGAUAUUUCUCUAGUUCUUUUAGGUGCUGACACAUUUCCUUUUAAGAAAAAAAAAACAACAAUCUGAUACCAAUUUACAAAUAGCACCAAUUUUGGCACUCAUCCAAAAGGGUGAAGUAUUUUGAUAUAGAUGUGUUAUACCUGUAAGGUAAUUUGACUUAUUCUUUGUGUUAUAAAACUGAAUUUUUAAGAGAACCUUUGUUGGAUUUCAUGCCUGUUUCCUGUGUAACAGUUACACAGUAAAGGCCAUCAUUUGAUGAGAAGCAGAAAGGGAUGGUUUUAGAAAUUUUUGAACACAGAAUUUAAAUCCUUCUGGUCUCUUUAAUUUUGUAUGUAUAUACAAACCACAAAGGAGAGAAUUCUAAUAGUAAGUAUGUCUUGGCUUCAGUUGGUUUUUUUUAACAUUAUGUACUGAGAUAAUAUGAGUCCUCUUUGAUGUAUAAGCCACUCUGGAAAAUGUAAUAUUCUUGGUCAUAUAAUAGGAGUCAAUAGUAUGAUAUUUUAAAGAGUUGUGUGAGUUCCCAAGAGUUUGGCCAGCUCAUUACCUCCUUUCACAUUAGUGAAAUAACACUGAAAGCACCUAGGAAAAGCACCAUUGUUUGCACUGUUAUAUUUUGUCAUAGGAAAUGAACUGAGACUCCAUAGACUUCCAACAUUACAUAUGCAUCUGUUUCUCAAUCAAUACUUCCUGUCUUCUAUAUUUUAACACUGACAUUUGCCCAGUAUUUUGAAAAAUUGCGCAGUUCAGCACUCUAUAUGCAUCUGGAUUAGGCAAUGGCAGUAUAUGGCCGUAUCUGUACUGAUAGAUUAAACUGUGGCCUUAGAACUAUGCAUUCUGAAUAAAUUGAUUUUUCCAAGGUAUUAUUUGGUUAGUCUACCUAUUCUUGGAUUCUGUGUAUUAAUGAAAUAUGAGGCAGCUUUCACUUAACCUGGUAUCCUGCAAAAUAAAAAUCCUUACAUUUCCAACCAGCUAAUUAAGAAAUCUGAUAGUUUUAGCCUUACACUACUGGCAGUGCCAGCUUGGAUAAUGCUGUUCUAAGAUACAGUGGAGAUAACACAAUCUGUACCUUUUUUGUAUUGCAUUCUUGUUUUCUUGUUUAGCAGAUUUAGAGCAAGUUACAUUAUUGUGUCCUUACAUGUGGUUGAUUGAAAAUUGCACACAAGAUCUAUUAAAUAGUAAGAAUUGUUUAACUGAUAUUCUUUAUAUAGUACCAUAUUUUAGACGUGCAUUUUUUUUAUUGGUCAGGUUGUGGUGUGUUCAGUUUCUAUAGUAUUCUUUUUCAUUGAAAAUGCAACAUUCUAAGUAGCAGCAUAGGAUUUUCAAAAGUGAAGCUUUAUGAAAAGCUUGCAUUCCAGACACAGUGUCAUAUAUGGAGAAUAGAGAUUCUUCUUCAUUUGCAAUAAUUUUUGAAAAUAUGAACAGUGAUAAGCAAACAUAAAUACAUCAGGGGUUCCCAACCCUCGAACCACAGCCCGUUUGGAACUGGGCUGUUUGCACAAGCAGUGUUUGUGCACGCAAGCUUGCUUGCCCCAUUGCUUGCAGGGAACCACUGCCUAUCCGCAAAGCCAGAAAAUUUGGGGAUCACUGCUUUAAAUAUUAUUGUGUCUUCAUUUCAGUGAAGAAAUACAGUAUUGACUCUAGAUCCAUUUUAUCAGUUGGCAUUAAAACCAGUAUGUUGUCGGAGUCAUAUAUUCCCCAUAUAUGAAUUGCCCAAACAUGUGGCAUAGAAUAGGAUACAUUUUCUUUUUAUCUUCUGUAUAUGGUAUGUCAGAUUGAACCAAUGUGCUAACUCUAGAAUUUGCUACCAUAUAACUAAAAAGAAUAAUUUUCAGAAGAAUGUUUACUUAUUUACAAUAUUUCAAAUCCCUCAGUAUUGUCAAACCAAACAUUAAGAAAUUAAGAUAGAAGAGCUACAUAUUUUAAAUCUCAAUUGCAGCAGCUUGCAGAUUUUUUUUCCAUGUAAAAUAUAUGACCUUUACUUUCACUCUAUGAACAAUUUGUGUAAAAACUGCUUCCUAUGACAGGUGAGUAAAGAAUAUAUUGUAUAGUAAUGUUUUAGCUUCUUGAAAAGUAUUUUAAACUAUAUGUUGGUUUUUACAUAUAAAUAAAUUUGUUUGGUAGAAAUA